AUGACAACGGACUUGUUCAAGCGAACUGACGUCACAGGCACCAGCGGCUCCAUGAACCCGCCGGCUCGACUUCGCAAUACCGACACGGACCCGUUCCGCUUCGCGGCCAUCACGCUGUCUGUGUUCGGCAUCCACAUCGAGGACCCGACCUUGCAGAGCGACACACUGCCCUUAAAAGUGCUCAAGAUCUCACUGUCGGUCGUCAGCGUUGUCAUGGCCAACGUGUUCUUUCUGCAGCACGCCGUGUGCUACGUCAACGGACUCAACAGCUGGGUGCACGCCAAGUGGCUAACUGCAGCCCUGGUGUCCGCCGUCACCAGCACCUUGGUGGUUGUGAAGGGCGCCCGUAUUCGUCACGUGACCGCCUUCUACCGCACCAACUUCUUGCCAUGGAGGAGCCGCGCCAAGACGGUGGCCAAGACCAAGUCCACCGUUACGAUCCUGGUGGUCUGGAUAUUCGUGCUGAUCAACAGUGUCGACUUCGCCGCCAACGGGACGACCGAAAGCGAAAAGAUCUACUCGUACUUCGCGGGACCGCCAGAGAACGGGACUUUUCUGUCCGGAUCGAGUCCCCUGGCGGUCGGAUUCCUGCGCCUGGACGGCCUCAUUCGCUGGUUCUUCAUUCUCGGACCAACCUGCUUCUCCAUCUUCCUCUACUCCUUCAUGACGGAACUUGCGGCGGGUAACAUGGACCACCUUAAGGGCUACAUCGUGACGCUGAAGCACUCCGACCACGAGGACCCCGCCGAGGUCGUGCGCCAAGUCCGAGACCUCUACUUCCACCAGGCGAAUUCCGCUCAGGACUUGGACUCCAUCUUCAGUGGCCUGGUCCUGCUCUGGUACCUCAUGUGCACCGCCUUCACCCUCGCCAACAUCCGGGGGGCCCUGCUGGGCGACUUCCCGCCGUCGCCCUUCGGGAGGGGUCUGCUGGCCGUGCUCUUGGAAGCGUUCCCGCUGUACUGCGUCUACGUCGGCAUCACGCUGGCAGGAGCCGGCUUCCACGACGCCACCAUGGACGUGCUGAGCCAGUUCGAGGCCCUCAUGGCCAUCGUGGGCAAGCGGUACCAGCUCCAGUUCCCAACCUUCUUUUUGGCCCAGAUGUGCGUCUCGUCGAUGGGGCUGAACCCGCCCAGACUGACUGUCUGUCGUCUGUUCACCAUUCGCCGUAUUUUGCUCGCCCUUCUGGUGCUUUUUUACACCGCGUUUGUGACCGUCAUGCUCCGCUUCGCCAAGACCGAUAAUGACUCGGUAUGA